UGGAUGCGAGGGGUAGGGCAACACACUCAAAUACCAUGACACCGCAAAACACGCUCAAGGUUUGUGGAAAAAGGGAUUAUUUCACUCCUCUCUAUAUGAUCACGUAAAACCCCUCAAAAUCAACCACAAAACAACUCGAAAAUGGCGUUGUUAUGUUUCAUCUUGUUCUGUUGGUUCCACAUUGGGUUACUACUUGGUGGGUUCUCUUUUGCCGCCGAUCCAGUUGCAAAUUUCGAACUCCAGUUUUCUUACAUCACUGCUUCUCCACUUGGUGUUCCUCAACAGGUCGUAGCAGUGAAUGGGAAGUUUCCAGGUCCAACACUAAAUGUUACUACCAAUAACAAUGUCGUUGUCAACGUCAAGAACAAAUUAGAUGAAAGCCUUCUAAUCACAUGGCCGGGAAUAGAAAUGCGUCGUUCUUCUUGGCAAGAUGGAGUUCUUGGCACAAAUUGUCCUAUUCCUUCAAAUUGGAACUGGACAUACCGGUUUCAAGUCAAGGAUCAGAUUGGUAGCUACCAUUAUGUUCCAACUACUCAUUUUCAAAGAGCAGCAGGUGGCUUUGGUGGUUUUGUUAUCACAAAUCGCAAAGUUAUUCAGCUGCCUUUCAAUACCCCUGAUGGAGAUAUGGUCAUUACCAUUGGUGAUUGGUAUACCCGUAACCAUUCGGCACUAAGAGCUUCUCUUGAUGCUGGAAAGGAUCUUGGUAUGCCAGAUGGAGUUCUGAUUAAUGGCAAGGGACCUUUUAAAUAUAAUUCCAGCGUUCCGGAUGGCAUUAAUCAUACAACACUUAAUGUUGAUCGAGGUCAAACUUAUCGAAUCCGUGUGAUUAAUGUUGGAGUCUCAACUUGUUUAAACUUUCGGAUUCAGAACCAUAAAUUGCUUUUAGCAGAAGCUGAGGGACAUUAUACGUCCCAACAAAACUAUAGUAGCUUUGAUAUCCAUGUCGGCCAGUCUUACUCUUUUUUGGUUACUAUGGAUCAAAACGCGAGUAGUGAUUACUAUGUUGUUGCAAGCGCCCGAUUUAUAAAUCAGUCGGAGUGGCAGAGAGUUACAGGCGUUGCUAUAUUGCACUAUUCAAAUUCUAGAGGACAAGCAUCCGGUCCUCUUCCUGACGCUCCAAAUGACGUAUAUGACCAUUCAUUUGCAAUGAAUCAGGCUAUGUCCAUCAGGAUGAACAACUCAGCUAGCGGAGCUCGCCCCAACCCACAGGGUUCUUUCCAUUAUGGUUCCAUCAAUGUGACCGACACAUAUGUGUUAAGAAGUAUCCCACCGGUAAUGAUUGAUGGGAAACGACGUGCUUCUUAUAAUGGGAUUUCAUUUGCUAAUCUUGAUACACCAGUGAGGCUUGCAGACAAUCAUAAAGUGAAGGGUGCUUACAAACUGGAUUUCCCAAAUAUGCCACGCAGCGGAAGUCCACGAGCAGAUAGAUCCAUUAUCAAUGCUACCUAUAAAGGAUUUGCAGAAAUCAUAUUGCAGAAUAAUGAUACUGUAGUUCAGAGCUUUCAUAUGGAUGGUUAUUCGUUUUUCGUUGUUGGGAUGGCAUAUGGGGAAUGGACAGAAAACAACCGGGGUUCUUAUAACCGAUGGGAUGCUAUUGCACGCUCUACCAUACAGGUGUUUCCGGGAGGAUGGACUGCAAUACUGGUUUAUCUUGAUAAUGUUGGAGCUUGGAACCUUAGAACGGUGAAUCUUGACCGAUGGUAUCUAGGCCAAGAAACUUAUAUGAGAAUCAUCAAUCCUGAAGACCAUGCCCAGAAAACUGAAUUGCCGGUGCCUGAUAAUGCUUUGUUCUGCGGGGAACUCGGCCACUUGCAGAAGCCUCAAAGAAGCUUGGCUUCGAGUGGAUCAACGAUGCGACAACCUCGGAAGGUGAAUUGGUGGAUGGUGAUGGCAUUUGGAGGUGUUGUUUAUAUGAUGAAUUAAGGAUUUGUUGUUGAAAAUGAAAAGGGAAUAUUUUAGAAUGUUGAGGGUUACUUUUAAGGUUUGUUAUAGGCUCCUUUUGUAUCGUGAAAGCAACAAAGGCAUGCGCAUGAUCUUUUGGUUAAUUUGAAAUCGAGCUUUUUUCAAC